GUUAACCCAGAGCAUCUGCCUGAGGUCUAUGAACGAAAAACGUUCCCAUUCAAUCCCUCAGCUGGGCCAUCUCCUGCUGACAGCAGACUCUCAACGCCGGCUAUCUCGGUGCAGUCCAGCCGACAUCGUGCUUUAGGCGGCAAUCGGCCGCACGUGCUGACGACGCACGGCCUGGAGUUCAUUGCAGAGCCGGGGCCCGCCGUUCACCCGGCCUUUGGGCGCUCCCUUUCCGUGACCUCCCGGUCUCAGGAGGCGACCACUGGCACCAUCCGGGCCGACGGCCUCGAUAAGACCCACAAGAAGCACGUCUACAACUCUGCCCACAACUUCGGCCACCACGAUGUGCGCAACAACAUGAACCCCUUCAUUGCGCAAUAUCGCAUACCGAAGUGGGAGACGACAAGCACCAUGUAUGGUGAGCACUACCGGCAUCCGGAACAGACCUACACCCGGCCAAUGAAGAAUCGCAUGCCGGUGUUCCACAUCAACCUGUGA